CCGCCGCCGCUCGCCCGACCAGGCCGCGCCCCUGCCGCCCGGGCCCCGCUCGCCGCGCCCCGCAGCGCCCCCGAGCCAUGGCCGGCAUCGCGGCCAAGCUGGUGAGGGACCGAGAGGCAGCCGAGGGGCUGGGCUCGCACGAACGGGCCAUCAAGUACCUCAACCAGGACUACGAGGCGCUGCGGGACGAGUGCCUGGAGGCCGGGGCGCUCUUCCAGGACCCCUCCUUCCCGGCCAUCCCCUCCUCCCUGGGCUUCAAGGAGCUGGGGCCCUACUCCAGCAAGACCCAGGGCAUCGAGUGGAAGCGGCCCACGGAGAUCUGCGAUGAUCCGCAGUUCAUUGUUGGAGGCGCUACCCGCACGGACAUCUGCCAGGGAGCCCUGGGUGACUGCUGGCUGCUGGCAGCCAUUGCCUCCCUGACCUUGAACGAAGAGGUCCUGGCUCGUGUUGUGCCCCCGAACCAGAGCUUCCAGGAAAACUAUGCAGGGAUCUUCCACUUCCAGUUCUGGCAGUACGGUGAGUGGGUGGAGGUGGUGGUGGACGACAGGCUGCCCACCAAGAACGGGGAGCUGCUCUUCGUGCACUCUGCAGAGGGCAGCGAGUUCUGGAGCGCGCUGCUGGAGAAGGCCUACGCCAAGAUCAACGGCUGUUACGAGGCACUCUCGGGGGGUGCCACCACUGAGGGCUUUGAGGACUUUACCGGGGGGAUCGCGGAGUGGUACGAGCUGAGGAAGGCCCCCCCUGACCUGUUCAGGAUCAUCCAGAAGGCUCUGCAGAAAGGCUCCCUCCUCGGCUGCUCCAUAGACAUCACCAGCAUGGCAGACUCAGAGGCCAUCACGUUCCAGAAGCUGGUGAAGGGGCACGCGUACUCAGUCACUGGGGCCGAGGAGGUCGAAAGUGGGGGCAGCCUGCAGAAGCUGAUCCGCAUCCGCAACCCUUGGGGCGAAGUGGAGUGGACCGGGAAGUGGAAUGACAACUGCCCCAACUGGAACACGGUGGACCCAGAGGUGAGGGAGAGGCUGACCAGACGGCACGAGGACGGGGAGUUCUGGAUGUCUUUCAGUGACUUCCUGAGGCACUACUCCCGAGUGGAGAUUUGCAACCUGACCCCCGACACCCUCACCAGCGAGUCCUAUAAGAAGUGGAAGCUCACCAAGAUGGAUGGGAGCUGGAGACGGGGCUCCACGGCUGGAGGCUGCAGGAACUACCCGAAUACCUUCUGGAUGAACCCUCAGUACGUGAUCAAGCUGGAAGAGGAGGACGAGGACCAGGAGGAUGGAGAACGCGGCUGCACGUUCCUCGUGGGCCUCAUCCAGAAGCACCGGCGGCGGCAGCGCAAGAUGGGCGAGGACAUGCACACCAUCGGCUUCGGCAUCUACGAGGUCCCAGAGGAGAUGACCGGACAGACCAACAUCCACCUCAGCAGAAACUUCUUCCUGACGCACAGAGCAAGAGAGCGCUCUGACACUUUCAUCAACCUGCGCGAGGUCCUCAACCGGUUCAAGCUGCCCCCGGGGGAGUACAUCCUGGUGCCCUCCACCUUCGAGCCCAACAAGGACGGGGACUUCUGUGUCCGGGUCUUUUCAGAGAAGAAGGCCGACUACCAGGUCGUGGACGACGAGAUCGAGGCCGACCUUGAGGAGAUAGACGCCAGCGAGGACGACAUUGACGACGGCUUCAGAAGGCUGUUUGCCCAGCUGGCAGGCGAGGACGCAGAGAUUUCUGCCUUUGAGCUGCAGACCAUCCUGAGAAGAGUGCUGGCCAAGCGCCAGGACAUCAAGUCAGACGGCUUCAGCAUCGAGACCUGCAAAAUCAUGGUGGACAUGCUGGACUCAGAUGGCAGUGGGAAGCUGGGCCUGAAAGAGUUCUAUGUUCUCUGGACAAAGAUCCAGAAGUACCAGAAAAUUUACCGGGAGAUCGAUGUGGACCGGUCUGGCACCAUGAACUCCUACGAGAUGCGGAAAGCACUUGAGGAAGCAGGCUUCAAGCUGCCCUGUCAGCUCCACCAGGUCAUCGUUGCUCGCUUUGCGGAUGACGAGCUCAUCAUCGACUUCGACAAUUUCGUCCGGUGUCUGGUUCGACUGGAAACACUGUUCAGGAUAUUUAAGCAGCUGGACCCCGAGGGCUCUGGAACCAUAGAGCUGGACCUCAUCUCUUGGCUCUGCUUUUCCGUCCUCUAAAGUCGUAAUUCGUCUGCCUGGAGACCGUCCGCCAAGCACCGGGCCACCAGAGAACAUUUUUUCUCUCGACCUUGAAAUUAUGGGAACAGUUGCUCAAACUAAUGAUUAUAACCGAAAAUAAAGAUGCCUUCUGAGAUAGCAAGAACUUCCAGAUUUCAGAGUAGAAGAUUCACAUAUCGUUCUAUUAAACACCAGUGAGCCACUUAGUCCUUGGUCAACUCAAAGAGAACCUGAAAUCUGUCACUAGUCUACUUUUACACACUUUCCUGUUUAUAGCAAUAUUCAGCCAGGGGAACGAUGCUGGCCGGUGUCUCCGCAGCUAAGGACACAAGGUCCCUGCGGGGAAUAUUUAAAGCAACGUCAGGUUUAAAAAUGCAGCCCUGACAUUGACCCGCCAGCGGUCCGUGUCCCGGAGGAAAGGGGAAGCAGGAUGCGUGGCUGAGGGGCCUGGUCGGGGCGGCACUCGGGCGACCGGUUACCCACGUGUGUCUUAACCCAACCCUGAGCACUCCAGGUCUCAGGAGCAUCCCGGGUACUGAAGGGGUUCGGCUCUUGCUCAGCCACCUGCAGCCCACCAAAGUGGUGUCCGAGCCAAUGACAGUCAAAGACACACCGUUUGCCACCCGGACACCACACCCUGCCAUGCUUAUGUGUGGAGCUGGGAGGGACUGUCGUGGAAGCUUGUUCCUUGGCUUCACCCUGGGAAAACGCUGGCCGCAUGAUGAAAAUACCGCCUUGUUGCCUUAUCUUCUUCCAAAUGUGCUGUUAAAUAAAGAGUCGCCCAGGCAGUCUGGC